GAACCCAUCUUCUUGAUCCUCGACACACCGAUUUUUCAAGGUCCGCCUUCUUAAUCAUCCAUCAUCCUCCAUAUAUCCUGUCAUCAGCAAGUCCAGCCAACAGCGUAUACACAUCUACGACAACCUUGAAGCCAAGACGAUCGACUGUUUACAUAAGGUCCUUUUGACUGGAUUGCUUUUGGCCCGCCCGCACGCGGGCAUUCUCCUGGAUUGAGCUGUCGUCCGCCUUCGCACUUACCAAAUGUGGUGUGAUCCGACACAGACGCGAUUCCCACCAUGCAGAGUUAUUCGAUGACAUCCGGGCCUCCGUCAGGUCCCAAGAACUAUGUCUUUGUCGAUGAACAUAACCGACAUAAGCGCCUCAAGGUGAUGAGGGCUUGUGAAGGCUGUCGUCGUCGCAAAAUAAAAUGUGAUUCCGCCACCACCAACACGUGGCCAUGCGCCGCUUGUGUUCGACUUAAGCUACAUUGUGUACCUCCAGCAGGAGGUCUAGAUGGCGAGGCUGGCGAUGCCGCGCCCGAUAAUGCCCUCGACCAGACGGCCGAGUCACAAUCUUAUACUUCGGCCCAAGGGAUGCAUGUUCCGCAACCACAAAACUAUGUACCUGGAAAUCCUUCUUUUCAAAUGGAACAGGGCGGCGCCUUUCCAUACGACGCUUAUGCAUCCAAUUAUCAAAGACCCUCAUAUGAAAUGAUGGAAAAGUCAUAUGGCAACUAUUAUCCGAACCCCCAGCAGUUCCCCGGUACCUCGAGCCAGGCCUAUCAACACGCUGGUGCGCAAUAUAGCCAGAUUCCACCGGACAGUGACCCUCUUCGAGACGAGCGUGCUGCUUCAUCGCCGAUCGAUCAAAUGACAGCUGAGGAAAUGUCAGAACACCUCGGACACCUUAGGAUCGGCGAGAAUGGCAUUGCGCCUUACCUGAGAUCUGAGAACGACAACAAGGAUUCAGAUGCCCCCAUUCAGGAGCCAGAGCCAGAGCCGAAGAUCGCCGCAGCCUUCAGCACCGGUGCAGGAUCACAGAUUCGUAUUCCUCCAGCCCUCAUGCCGUCACAUGAGGAAGCCCUAGAGGCUUUCAAGACCUUCUUCAGAGAUGUACAUCCUUAUGUACCAGUCCUGAACAGGAAGCAAUUCUACGAUCAGUGGCUGAACGAUAGAGGGUCGAUACCUCCCCUCAUUUUGGAGGCCAUCUUUGCCAAUGCUGGUCGACUGUCGGAUGAUCCUGCACAAGGCGCUCAGUGGUUAGCGCUCGCCAACAAGCAUGAGGCGUAUUUCCUCGACAGUCCACGAUUGAGCACGUUGCAAGCCUUGUUGCUGCUCCUGAAAGCGCGAGAGAGCGCCCCGAAAAGAGGAUACUAUUAUCGUUCAUGGAUGACUUGCAAGACGGCGGUUACCAUGGCGAAGGACCUCGAGUUGGAUGAACACCAUGGGAUACACGAAGAUGGAGAGUCGUGCGGUUCAGACCCUGUCGAAUGCUUGAUCAAAACCAGAAUAUGGCAGUCACUGCUGAUAUGCGAGACCAUGGUCGGAGGCCCUCAAGGCCGAACCGACUUGGGUGUUGAUUCGACUUCCGUCGACAUCAGCCCCAGUCCACCCUGCUCCGAUGUGGACGAUUUCGAAAGGUCCAUAUCCCGACAGUUCGCUUACUUCGUCCUUAAUGUUCGCAACAUCCGCCUCAUAACCGAAGUUUCGAUCAAGCUGAAAAGGAAGAAAGACUGGGGCUUGGACCAAGAAUUCGUGAAGCACAACGCCGCCUUCAAGAAUUGGCCCGAUGAGUUGCCAAGAGACUUGAAGGUCGUCCUCCCGCAGAAAGGGGCCAUUCCAAUUUUGCCGUCCCAUUUUGUGGGAAACAUGCAUGCCCACUACCAACUCGCCAUCGUCAUGCUCCAUCGCCCGCAGUUGAAAGCCUCGGAGUCUUUUGGUGCUGACAGUCAAUGGAGACAUCACAUGACUAUCUGUUAUCAGUCUGCAAAAGUCUUGUGUCGUCUGCAGGAAGCGGUUCUGGCCCAAUACGAUUUGACUGGGUUGCUUUGCAUGCAAAGGGGCAUCAAUUUUACCAUUUACGCCAUUCUGACGUGCAUCAUGUUACACCUUAUCGCCCUUUCCUCGCCCGAUCCCGAGUUUAACUCGGAAGCUAAAGACUACUUUGUCCGGCACAUGCGAAUUCUGGAGCGAUGUGUGUCUGCAUGGCCGAUGACAGAGACCGAGGACCAAAUUAACGCACUUCGUGCAGCGUUCUCUGCAGAUCUCAACAAGCCUUUCGAACUGAAGGAGUCCUUCCCGUUGGGUUCACCAUCUGACCACUCUCGACCUUCUCCUGGAUCGCAGUCGUCACAGGACAAGCAAAUGCACCAACAACAGCAGCUCUCCCAGCAACAACAACAACUAAGCAUGGCCGACCUCCAACAGGCCCAACCAGGCUAUCUACCCCAGAACAUGAACCAGAUCAGGGGUCCAACGGGAUAUCUCGCGACACCUCCAGUCUCGACAUAUUCCGCCGAGUCCAAACCCCAGUCACCCCUGCACCCAACACAACACUUCGAUCUCGAUCAGACACCCUAUACCAGCAUGUCCACUCCGGUAAGUGGAUAUUAUCACCAGCCGACCUCAGCCCCGGGUCUGCAGUGGAAUCCGACACCUAUCAUCGACCAGUUCGACACUGCAUUUGCAAUUUCACCCUCGCAGCUCGCUCCCCCACCCUCCAUGUACGGUGGCAGCGGCACCGGCUCGUCACCACCUGGAAUCCCGACUCUCCAGAGCUUUACAUCAACAGGCUCGCUUCCAAGGUACGAGCAGCAGAACUACGCACCGCAACAACAACAGCAGCAGCCGCAACCGCACUACUUUGCGCAACAACAGCAGUCGUUCCCUGAUAUGUCGUCACCCGUUGCUGGUACGAUGACCCAGCAAUCGGCGGCGAUGACAGGAUACCCGACGCCCGCCAUGUUCGUGACAUCACGGCAAUGGCAACAGAGUGUUGCUAACGUGAUUGACUCUGGCGGUCUCAAGAGGAGAUGGGAUUACGAUCAGCAUUAGUGGUGCAACUGAGAGAUAUUAAGUGCUUACGUGGAAUGAAUGUUAAGGCUACGUAUAUCAUUUUUACUGAGCGAUGUACGCGUGGUGCUCACUUUGCUCUAAGGAGACGACGACCCGUAAAGCAGGCUACCGAGCUAUGAAUGGGACAGCAAUUGCACGCAUGAACGACCAGUACCAUGCAAACUCUGAAAGCAGAUCAGGGACAUGAGAGAAAGUGCAAGG